AUGCCACAAUUCCCACUAUAUGAUCUUCCCCGCAACACUUUCGACAAACUCGUGACGACCGUCAUCGGAAAGUGUGCAAUCGUCAAGCACUCGACCGAUCUCCGGCUAUUUCUUCUUACCCGCAACCUUGCCUGGAACGUAACCAUGUCCCAAAGAUCGUUGGAUGAAGAAAAGGCUGCUAUCGCCAAGCUGAAUAACAAUCCGCUACCCAAGGCACGCCCCAGUCGCAAAAAAAGAGCUGCUAAAAAUACCGCCAAGGAGCCACACCCGAAACUUGCCAAACUUUCGAAACAAGAGAAGACUUCAUCGUGCAACGCGGACGGCCAGAAGCCACGUCAGAAGUAG